GACAAAAAAAUCAGUGGUGACUUCAAUGAUACGCUGAACGAUGAACUAUGUUCAUUUUCAAAACGAAUCGAUGAAUAUGGGAAAGUUACUAGAACGUUUGUUGAAUUGUAAUAUAGCAGAAUUUGAAUACACGAGAUUAUUUACCGCCAAGCAAAAAAGGUGAUCAUUCUAGUCACGCGCAUAUUGUGUUGGAUAUUGUGAAGUGUUGUUAUUAGUUCAGUACAGAGACCUGUUGCACUCCUAUAUGCAUUUGCGUUUCAAAGAUGAAAAAACUGUGUUUUCAGCCUACAAUUAGAUCGUUAAUUCUACAAAUAGUUUACUUGCAGUUUAAUAUCAUCUGCUCAUAACCAGUUUCGUUGAACUCAAUUAGUUAUUGUCUACAACAAUUAGAAGAUAGACUGAAACGAUUUGGUAGACCCUAUCUUGAAAUUUCGCAACAAUGUUUGGCUGGAUUGUUAUCGUGUGUUUCUUCGUUCUGCUAUUGCGUAUUUAUCUGCAACGUAGACGUUACGUGAAAGCCUUCGAAUCGAUUCCAGGUUCGAAAGGAUGGCCUGUAUUAGGAAAUAUCGUUCAAUUACUACAGUACAAUACAACAGAACUUCAUGAAAUGUUUGUUAGUUGGGUGCAGCAAUAUGGAAGUCGUGUUAAAAUCGACAUGUGUGUCAAGUUUUGGAUACUACAUAGCUCACCGGAAGAUAUUGAGAAAAUUGCCACAAGCACCAAUUUUAAUCGCAAAUCGGAUGAUUAUGGACAUCUGGUAGAAUGGUUAGGUAGUGGAAUUUUGUUAGAUCACGGUGCCAGUUGGUUUGUAAAACGCAAAGCAUUGACCGAUGCAUUCCACUUCAAGGUGCUAGAGAAUUUUAUACCAACUUCUCAGGAACAAUCGCAGAUUUUGGUGAAUAAGUUGCUAAGUUACGGAGGGAAACCCGUCGAUAUUUUUCCGCUCCUGAAGUUGUACACUCUGGAUGUAAUUCUGGAGACGGCGAUGGGAGUCACAUGUCAAGCCCAGCUCAAUGAUUCCGCUUACGUACGGGCAGUUGCUGGCUUGAGUCACAUCACCUACUGGAGAAUGUUUAAUGUGAUGGGAUUUUCCGAUGCAACAUUCAGGUUCACCAAAUAUUAUCAGCCUUAUCAUGAGAUGUUGAAGGUAAGUAAUGAUUUCACGAUGGACGUUAUUACGAGACGCCGCCAAGAGCUGGCCUCUGAAUUACCGAGAGAGACCACUAAAACUGGCGAUGAUGAACGCAAGAAAAGAAUUGCUUUGUUGGACAAAUUAUUGGAAAUGGAGAUUGAUGGAAAAAAGUUGUCGAACGAAGAAAUAAAAAAUCAAGUCAACAACUUUAUGUUUGCGGGUCACGAUACUACUUCCAGCGCUCUGACUUUUAUAAUAUAUUUAAUUGCAAAACACUUGGAUGUACAAGAUCGGCUUUAUGAUGAAAUCCAAACCGUUGUGGGCGAUGGCGAUAUUCCAGUGCUAAACUCAAGUGUGCUGAAUCAGCUGAAACACCUGGAUGCGGUGAUUAAAGAAUCGUUACGCCUCUACCCUCCAGUACCUUAUUUCUCUAGAACAAUCGAUAAGGAAACCGAAUUGUCUGGAGUGUUAUACCCACCGGGAACUACUGUUUCACUUGGUGUUUAUUUCAUGCAUCGGAAUCCUCUCUACUUUCCUAAUCCUAUGCAGUUUGACCCAGAAAGAUUUCUGAAAGAAGCUGGACCUGUAACGCGAAACCCCUACGUGUAUAUUCCAUUUAGUGCUGGCAGUCGAAACUGUAUCGGUCAAAAGUUCGCCAUGAAUGAAAUCAAGGUAGCGCUUUUGUAUACAAUGCUGUUUUGCCGGAUAGAACUGGAAGAUCCUCAUUUGGUGCCGAGGUUAAAGGCAGAACUAAUUCUUAAACCAGAUGGCAGCAUACCGGUUAGAUUUAUUGCCAGAAAAUCAAAAAACUAACGCUGAUACGAAUGACUCCGAAGACUUUACUGAACCCGGAUCUAGAGUUAUAAUAUAUACACAACUAUGAUUUUUGAUAUAUGAAAGAGUAGAAAUAUAUAGUUUGGUGCAGGUUUGAUUUUUGUACACUCAUAAA